AUGCGAAUGUCCAAUUCGAACACACCGCGCAAAUUCAGUGAGAAGAUUGCAAUACUUGAACGGAAACAGAAUGAGGAAAACACGACUUUUGAGGAUAUCAUGCGACAGGUGCAAUCGAUCACACAUCAUCCGACGGAUUCAUCAGGUUCCUCGACGACCACUGCACCUAUCUCCAUCCCUCAACAAGGAGGACUCCUCCCCCCUCAACAGCCGUGGGGACACAAUCUCGGAGGAUCCCUUCCGAACGUCCAUCAGAUGCCCUCUUACUCCCCUCCGCAAUGGCCACCGAACUGGCAACACGAGGCGAUGCACAGGCCUAUGCAAGGCCAUCGGAGUCGAUCACCAGAGGAUCACAUGAUCGGAAGUGCCUCCGGGUCUCCAUCCCAUCACUAUCAUCCGUAUGGAAUGAGGUCAAAUGGUCAUCAUUCGAGGUCACCCGAUAGGACACCACCCCAUCAUCCCCAUUAUGCACCAUAUGGACCACCGUACAAUCAACCGGGACAGUUGGUACCGCCCGAGUCAUGGAAUCAAAUCAACCGUGCCCGUUCGGACCCAGCCAUCCACAACAUGGGCGGUAUGGUCCCGAUGCACCAUCCUCACCAACAAAUGCCCAUCCACCAAAUGCCUCAUUACCUUCAAAAUGCAAUGCCGGGACCGUCUGGAAUGAUGCAUCAAUCACAAUCCAAUCAGCAUAGUCCCCAAAUGACUCCGCAGGGAUCACAACAAGGAUCGCCCGUUCAGAUGCAUCAUCAGAUUCCACCGCCACUUCAAAUGGGUGGUACGCAACAGAUUGGAGGCAAUGGAAUGUCGCCGUUACAGAGUCCGAAUCAUAUGAUGACGCCUAUGUAUGGAUAUCACAAUGGAUCUCCUCUACAUUCUCCGAUGGACUCUCCUCAUGCUUCAACUCUAAUGUUAGAUGGAUCAGGGACUCCUCACAUGGAAUUGAGUCCCCCCGGAAUGCACGAUUUCGAUGCGGGAAGUCUACCGAACCUCCAAAAUAUUCAGAAUUCUCAAAUGCAACAACAACAACAGAAUUCUGAAUACACGAAUGGAUGUAAUGGAGUGAAUCAUUCGAGUGGAGGCUCAUCUGGAUACUAUCACACACCCAUUGGGCCACGUCAUAGUACGGGAGCAUGUGGUCCUCGGUUAGUUCCUGGACCUGCUCUGACUCCAGAAUCUCAAUCGGCACCCACGUCCCCACAUAAUCAAUUGGAUCCGAAUCAACCGCCCAUGUGGCCGACGAGGACGUUCUCGAAUUCACCGGAGGCGUUGGAUAUUCCGAAAUUAACGAUAACGAAUGCAGAAGGUGCACCCGGGCAUCAUGUCGAUUCGUACAAUGAUUUUAAUGACCUCGGACUCGAAUCGCUAGAAAACGUGUUAUGUAAUGGUGGUGGACCGAUUCCGAACAACUCAUUCCACGAUCCCGGCGGCACUCAAAUGCUUCAGAAUUAG